AUGGGGAAACUGAUCAGGAUGGGAGUUCAGGAGAGGCGAUUACGCAGGCCAAAGCGGCUUCACUGGAGUCGCCUCCUCUUUCUGUUGGGAAUGCUGAUCAUCGGCUCCACCUAUCAGCACCUGAGGAGGCCCCGGAACCUGCUUUCACCGUGGGCAGAGGUCUCUUCCCAACAGCCUCUCAGACUGGCCAGCCGGGACCUCCUCAGCGAUGAUCUGAGGGUGGUGAGCAGCGAGCCUGCAGAAGCCAGCUCUGAGAUGGAGAGCGAUGUGCCAGCACCCCAAGGCGUGGUGGACGUGGAUGAAGCAACACCUAGCCUGACAAUGGAGGACACCCCAACUCCACCCAGAACAACCAAGGCUUCCCGGACAGCACCAGAGAAUAAAGACAGUCCAACAGCAGCAGGUACAGGGAGAGCGAGAGGAAACGCUGCCACCACACCUGGCAGCAUACUGGGUUACUUCUUUCCCCAAACAGUAAGAAGCUAUCCACCCUCGCCCAGGGGUGAAAGGCAGAGCUCCAGCCCAACUCAUCUCCCCAGGGCAAAGGGAAGGGGGCAUACCUCACCCCCAGCAGGUGGAAGGGCAGGAGUUCAGGUACCACCCACAUCCCUGAGCAGGGAGACGGGUCACUCACUCAGCCCCACAACAGCCUCGAAAGACAGCGACACUCUGGUGACCUACAGGGUGUGGGAGACCAGCCCUCCCAGGAGAAUGGUGGGAGGAACCGCCCCAGCUACUCUCAAGAGAUUAGUUAGGAACACCCCAACUUGGCUGUCACACGAGGUAGAAACCAACCUCUUGACUUCUCCGGGGACAGUGGAAAAGACUGGCGUGGGCAGUGCCAGGAGAGGGGAAGGUGAGGGCUCAGCGAGUCCUCCUUGGAGGCCCACGGGGACCCACAAGCUGACAACUCCCCAGGGAGCAGUCCCAGAGCACCCCUCGGCCACCUCGCAGGGACAAGUGACCAUAAGCAACAUGGCGGGCAGCAGCCCAGCCAGAACCAGAGUCUCUGCUACUGCCUGGAGUGUUAGGAAUCCCUCAGCCGGAAUCAGUGCACCAACCACUAGAACGACCUCCGACUUGGAGAUGGCAAGGAUCCCUUCCACAGCACCCGGCACUUCCAUCACCCCCAAAGUCAGGACAAUCCCAGCCACCCAGGUCCACCACUGUGUGUUUGUGGAGCCAGCUCCAGCCAUGCCCGCCACCCCAUCCUCGAGCCUGCUCCCAGACAUGCUCGGUUCCACUUCCUCACCACUGCCACCCGACUGGGCAAGCCUCCACCCCCAAGCAGAGUACCCUCCGGACCUGUUCAGUGUGGAGGAGCGGAGGCAGGGCUGGGUGGCCCUGCACGUCUUCGGCAUGAUGUACGUGUUUGUGGCCCUGGCCAUCGUGUGUGAUGAGUACUUUGUCCCAGCGCUAGGGGUCAUCACAGACAAGCUGCAGAUCUCUGAGGAUGUGGCCGGGGCCACCUUCAUGGCUGCUGGUGGCUCGGCCCCUGAGCUCUUCACCUCGCUCAUCGGCGUCUUCAUAUCCCACAGCAACGUGGGCAUCGGUACCAUCGUGGGCUCGGCCGUGUUCAACAUCCUCUUCGUCAUCGGCACCUGUGCCCUCUUCUCUCGGGAGAUCCUCAACCUCACCUGGUGGCCCUUGUUCCGCGACGUCUCCUUCUACAUCCUUGACCUGUCCAUGCUCAUCCUCUUCUUCUUGGACAGCCUCAUCGCCUGGUGGGAGAGCCUGCUGCUGCUGCUGGCCUAUGCGCUCUACGUCUUCGCCAUGAAAUGGAACAAGCAAAUUGAGCUGUGGGUGAAGGAGCAGCUCAGCAAGAGGCCAAUGGCUAAGGUCAUGGCUCUGGGGGACCUCAACAAGCCUGGCAAUGGGGCCACCACGGAGAACGAGCAAGAGGAUAACAAGAAGCUCAAGCUCCCGUCUGUGCUGACCCGAGGGAGCAGCUCGGCCUCUCUGCACAACAGCAUCAUCCGCAGCACCAUCUACCACCUCAUGCUCCACAGCCUGGACCCCCUGGGGGAAGCCCGCCCCUCCAAGGACAAGCAGGACAGCUUGACUCAGGAGGCCAGAGCCCAACCCCAGGCCAAAGCAGAAAGCAGCCCAGAUGAGGAGGAGCCGGCGGAGCUCCCUGCGGUCACGGUCACUCCAGCCCCUGCUGCAGACGUCAAGGGAGAUCAGGAGGAAGAUCCCAGCGGCCAGGAAGGUGUGGAUGGAGCUGAGGGCACAGAAGAAAUGACAGGUGAAGAUGGUGAAACUCAACGUGAAGGGGAAACCGAGGCUGAAGGCAAAGGAGAGGAACAUGAAGGGGAAACCGAGGCUGAAGGCAAAGGAGACGAAUGUGAAGGGGAAACCGAGGCAGAAGGCAAAGGAGAUGAACGUGAAGGGGAAACCGAGGCUGAAGGCAAGGGAGACGAACGUGAAGGGGAAACCGAGGCUGAAGGCAAGGGAGACGAGUGUGAAGGGGAAACUGAGGCCGAAGGCAGAGGAGAUGAACGUGAAGGGGAAACCGAGGCAGAAGGCAAGGGAGAUGAACGUGAAGGGGAAACCGAGGCCGAAGGCAAGGGAGACGAACGUGAAGGGGAAACCGAGGCUGAAGGCAAGGGAGACGAACAUGAAGGGGAAACCGAGGCAGAAGGCAAAGGAGACGAGUGUGAAGGGGAAACUGAGGCCGAAGGCAGAGGAGAUGAACGUGAAGGGGAAACCGAGGCAGAAGAGAAAGAAGGGGGAACGGAAGUCGAUGCCAAGAACGAAGGUGAGGCCAAAGACGAGAAGGGUGGUGAUGGAGAAGAGGGAAGUGACGGAGGAGACAGUGAAGAGGAGGAGGAGGAGGAUGAUGAUGAUGAUGAGGAGGACGACGACGAUGAGGAUGAGGACGAGGAGCGCGAGGAGCCUCUGUCCCUGGAGUGGCCUGAGAGCAGGCAGAAGCAGGCCAUCUACCUCUUCCUCCUGCCCAUUGUGUUUCCACUGUGGCUGACAGUACCUGACGUCCGGAGGCAGGAGUCCAGGAAGUUCUUUGUGGUCACCUUCCUGGGGUCCAUCAUCUGGAUAGCCAUGUUCUCGUACCUCAUGGUGUGGUGGGCUCACCAGGUUGGUGAGACCAUAGGGAUUUCUGAAGAGAUUAUGGGUUUGACAAUCUUGGCAGCAGGCACAUCAAUUCCUGACCUCAUCACCAGUGUGAUCGUCGCUCGGAAAGGCCUGGGAGACAUGGCUGUGUCAAGCUCGGUGGGCAGUAACAUAUUCGAUAUCACCGUGGGCCUGCCCGUCCCCUGGUUGCUUUUCUCUCUCUUCAACACCUUGCAGCCCGUCCCCGUCAGCAGCAAUGGCUUGUUCUGUGCGAUUGUACUGCUCUUCCUCAUGCUCCUGUUUGUGAUCUUUUCCAUUGCAUCGUGUAAGUGGAGAAUGAACAAGAUCCUGGGCUUCACAAUGUUCCUUCUCUACUUUGUAUUCCUGAUAAUCAGUGUGAUGUUAGAGGAUCGAAUCAUAUCAUGUCCUGUGUCGGUCUGA